AUGGCAUGGGUGGCUUCAGGUCAUGUGCUCUCACAAAAUGCUGCAAGCGACAGUCUAAUACCUGUGCUUUCACUGUGGGAUCCGCUGCUUUCGACAGCCUUCACGAAUGCGUUCUUUUCUGUAGAUACCUUCUUUCUUCUGUCAGGAAUUCUCGUAGGUUACCUAUUCUUCAAAUCCAGACCAUCCCGGCGCUUCGUGACGAGCCCUUUUACCUGGAUAAUGUUCUACGUUCAUCGCUACCUGAGGCUCACACCUCCAAUGAUGAUGUUCAUUGGUCUAUUUACUGUGUUGCUUCCAUUUACGAAUGGACCAUGGAUGGCCUCUACACCUAAAGGAUUCGGCAUGGACAUUGACACCAACGUGCAGAUUUGCCAGAAGUAUUGGUGGAAAAAUAUGCUCUACAUCAACAAUCUCUUUGGUCACGACACUGAAUGUUAUGGGAUCUCGUGGUAUCUCGCUGUUGAUACGCAGCUCUAUGUAGUCGCUCCAAUUUUUUUGAUCACGCUGUAUUUGUCACCUAUUAUA